AUGUCUGCUCAUCUCCUACACGACCAAUGCGUUCCCUGGAGAAUACAUCCCCACCGUGUAUGUUGUGAAGAGACCCCGAGACCACCGCGUACCAGCGCCGCCAGCUUGCAUACCCCUUGCUCACACUGCUAUUUCUACUGCUCCAGGUUCGACAACUACUCGGCCAGCGUCAUGGUAGACGGGAAGCCCAUCAGUCUCGGGCUCUGGGACACUGCUGGUCAAGAGGACUACGACAGACUACGUCCGCUCUCCUACCCGCAGACCGACGUGUUCCUGAUAUGUUUCUCCAUCGUCAGCCCCCCCUCGUUUGACAACGUCAAGGCAAAGUGGUAUCCCGAGAUCGAACAUCACGCGCCAAACGUACCCAUCAUCUUGGUUGGCACCAAGCUCGACCUCAGAGAGGACAAGGCCACCGCAGACGCUCUCCGGUCCAAGAAGAUGGAGCCAGUCUCCUACGAGCAGGCCCUCGCAGUCGCAAAGGAGAUCAAGGCCCAGAAGUACCUCGAGUGCUCUGCUCUCACCCAGCGCAACCUCAAGAGCGUCUUUGACGAGGCCAUCCGAAGAUACAUAGAUCUCCUUUCCUCGACCAUUCUCUCCCCCAAAUUUACCGCUACCAUCCCCCAGCCACAGCCGCAGGCCCGACGACUACACCACUACAUAACUCCGAGCCAUCCCUCCAGAUGCGAAACCUGCAAUAACCUUCCAAAUCCCGUUCUUUCUACCUGUUUGUUUCCGCCUUUACCGAUUUUUAAUGACGAGCGUUUCUCAUUUUUCCACCACCUUCCUGCAUUUGGGACGGAGCAACUGCUCGUACUGCAAGGUUAUCUCUUCAUCCAUCUUCUCUUCUUCUUCUCUUUCUUCACACUUGACGAAGUAAAUACAACUAUUCCAGAUAUCACGAAACCAAAGUCUCCCUCUCUGUCCUUCCCUUCGUUUGUUUACUUAUGA